UUUACAAAUGAGCCUGGUCCUCAUUCAGCUGGGAGUGUUCCUGAAUCCAACCGUCGUUUAGGCAGUGAGUUUCUUGAGCACUCCAAUGAAUUUCACAGUAAACCUGCUUAUCACCAUGACUACAGUGCCUGGACAACCUGCCAUUUUAAUCCUCACAAGCUGCAGCAGUGUCAAAUGAAUGCUUUUGAGAGCCACUUUUAUCCUUAUCCUGUCGAGAACCAACUCCAGUGUGUUCCAAUUAAUAUGUUAUCUCAGGGUUACUCGCGGGAGCAAUAUCAAGAAUUUCAGUAUUUUGUGGUCAUAGACUUUGAGGCAACCUGUGAUAAGGAUAAAAAUCCCCAUCCUCAAGAAAUAAUUGAGUUUCCAUCUGUCAUAGUGAGUAGUGUCACUGGUCAGCUGGAAGCAUGUUUUCAAACUUAUGUGAAGCCUACCUGUAAUCAGCUUCUGAGUGACUUCUGGAAGGAUCUGACUGGUAUCCAGCAAAUUCAGGUAGACAGAGGUGUUACAUUGAGUGAGGCUCUACUGAGGCAUGACAAAUGGCUCGAGAAAAAGGGAAUAAAGAAUGCCAACUUUGCUGUGGUUACAUGGUCUAGCUGGGACUGUCGUGUGAUGCUUGAAUCUGAGAGCCGUUUCAAGAAAAUACGAAAGCCACCUUGUUUCAACCACUGGACCAACUUGAGGAUUCCUUUCAAUGAGGUAUUUGGUGAUGUGAAGUGCAAUCUAAAGGAGGUCGUCGAGAUAGCCGGGUUGGCCUGGCAGGGUCGUCCUCAUUGUGGCUUGGAUGAUGCCAAAAAUACUGCUCGCCUGUUGGCACUGCUUAUGCACAGAGGUUUUAAGUUUUCCAUUACCAACUUCAUUCUGUGGCAGACGACUGAUCGAUCACUUCUCUGGAAGCAGUCUCAAGAACAGCAAAGUGCUUACCCUCAUUGCCCGUGCAAAGCAAGGGAUGUGAUUCAUAUGAAUACCCUAGUCCCAGUGAUUCAGUAUCAUCUUUGUUGUUAUUGCGGGGUGAAAAGCAGUAGGGGCAUGAUCAGAAAGUCAGGGCCUAAGCAAGGGAGCCUUUUCUUUGGAUGUGGAAAUUGGACUACAACAAGAGGUGUGCGCUGCCAUUACUUUGAAUGGGCAUCUACCUAAUUUAAGGGCACCUUUUGAUCUUACUAUGAUCAAAUUUCAAGUUUUUUUUAUAUAUGUAAAAAAAAUGAAGAGGAAAUGGCUAUGAAAACGAUGAAACCCGUUAUUUUCCCAGAAGAAAUGCCUAGCAUUUUGAAUAUCAUAGCAUGCAGUUACCUCAUUGAAAGAUCCUGACAUCGGUAUUCGGAGGCGUGCUCUAGAUUUGAUUUAUGGCAUGUGUGAUGUUACAAACGCAAAGGAUAUAGUUGAAGAACUAUUGCAGUAUCUCAGCACAACAGAGUUUGCAAUGCGUGAAGAAUUGCCACUUAAAGCGGCCAUUCUAGCCGAGAAGUUUGCACCAGGUCUUUCAUGGUAUGUUGACGUGAUUAUUCAACUAAUUGACAAGGCUG